AUGGAUAAAAUUAGAUCGUGGCAAAUUCAGUGGAUAAUAGUGGAGCGUCGAAAAUUCUAUGGAAACCUAAAUAAUAUACAAACCGACCAGACCUUCACCAUACAUCGUGCUUCCUCUAUCACAACCGCUACUUUGAUUAUCGGGACUCCAUCUUCUUCUGAUUGUAGUAGAUCGGUCAAGUUUCCCUCACAUAUAUAUGAUUUAUGCUCUCACGUUCUGAUAAGUAGAGCCAUCACUGAUAAGCAAUUGGCUAAAGAUCUUGAAUUAUUCGCGCAUCAUGCUGGUCGUAAAUCUGUGAAUAUGGAAGAUGUCAUCCUUACUGAAACGUGUAGGCAUUGAGACCCGAGGCUUGAAGAAAUGUGAAUGUUGGCCAUCGUGUAAGGUGUUGAUGAACAUAAAUUAGGGUUUUAAGCUCUGCAAAGAUGGAGAAGAUCUCUGGUGGAAUUGAACAAG